CCCCAUCAUCAGGAACGCAGUUGUUGAACCACACGGCUGCCUGCCAUCUCCACUCCAUCUACAUCUCCCGUCCGCCCAACAUGAUGCUUUCACGAGCUGCGCGCCCUGCGCUGAGGGCUGGUCUCGCCGCCGCCGCACGGCCCGCACCCCUCAUCAACAACAAUGCCGCCACAUACGCCACCCUUCGCGAGAUCGAGGACCGUCUCAAGUCCAUCAAGAACAUUGAGAAGAUCACCAAGACCAUGAAGAUUGUCGCCUCCACCAAGCUCACCCGUGCCCAAAGGGCCAUGGCUGACUCUCGUACCUACGGACAAACCUCAAACACCGUCUUCGAAAAGGCCGAGACCAAGCCGCUGGAGGGUGAUGGCAAGAAGUCGUUGAUCGUCGUGUGCAGCUCCGACAAGGGUCUUUGCGGUGGUAUCCAUUCGGGUAUGUCGAGGGCCGUCAGGAGGAUGUUGGCCGAGCAGCCCGAGGCCGAGCUCGUAGUCUUGGGCGAGAAGUGCAAGGCUCAGCUGUCCCGUUCCAAUGGCAAGAACUUCGUUCUCAACUUUGCCGGCGUGGGCAAGGACAUUCCCACUUUUUCCGACGCUGCCUCCAUCGCCGACCGCAUCACCAUGCUCCCCGGCGACUACUCCUCCAUCAAGAUCGUCUACAACAAGUUCAUCAACGCCCAGAGCUACGAGCCCGUUGUCGUCGAGGCUUUCUCCGAGGAGGCCAUCGCCCAGUCCCCUCAAUACUCCGCUUUCGAGAUUGACGACGAAGUCCUGCCCAACCUCCGCGAAUACGCUCUCGCCAACUCGCUCUUCUGGGCUCUUGCCGAGGGACACGCUUGCGAACAGUCUGCACGACGAAACGCCAUGGACAACGCUUCCAAGAACGCCGGUGAUAUGAUCAACAAAUUCCAGAUCUUGUUCAACCGCACUCGUCAAGCCGUCAUUACUGGUGAACUUGUGGAGAUCAUCACUGGUGCUGCUGCCUCUGAGGACAGCUAG